CAAGCGAGCAAGCCUGACAACCGGUCGACUCCAUUUAUUGAUAUACAACGUAUGUCGAUAGUAUGUGAGAGCACGCCGUGUCACGAAACACAGCUGUUGUUGAUUACUUCAUCGCCUGUGCUGUGGAAAUUGUGUGUGGAAAUUGAGGAAAAUGCAACAAUCCGUUUUAUUAAGCCAACUCGCCACCGCCAACAAGCUGUCCGUGGAGCCAUGGCCGGAAGACGCCACACUAUACCAGCCCUACGAAGUGGAGCAGAUCUUAUUGCCGGAGAACGCCAGUUGCCUGGCCGUGAAGGCGUACCUGAAGAUGUGCAACUUACCGAUUGACGUAAGGACGUGCUCGAAUGCAGAGCACAUGUCGCCGGGUGGACGCAUGACCAAGCUGCCCUUUAUCCGAGCUGGGGCAUUUAUCUUGGCCGAAUUCGAGCCAAUCGUCAACUUUGUAGAGCAGAAGGAGAUGGCAAUCGGGAACCUGCAGGACGAGGAUGAGAAGGCCGAUAUGCGGACAUAUGUGUCGCUGGUGGAGAACAUCUUCACCAUGGCCGAGCUGUACAUCAGUUUUAAGAACGAGCGCGUCUACAAGGAGGUCACAGCCCCACGCAAUGGCAGUGUCUAUCCGUGGCCCAUGAACCACAUGCAGAACUAUGGCAAGCGACGCAACGCGCUUCGUCUGCUGAAGGUCUAUCAGUGGGACGACCUCAACAUAGACAAUGUCAUUGAGAAAGUGGCCAAAUGUUGCGAGACGCUUGAAUAUAAACUAAAAGAGUCGCCCGACACGCCCUUCUUCUAUGGCGACCAGCCCUGUGAACUGGAUGCCAUUGCCUUUGGACAUCUCUUCAGCAUACUGACCACCACGCUGCCCAAUAUGGCUCUCGCCCAGACUGUGCAAAAAUUCAAGCAUUUGGUGGAGUUCUGUCGCUUCAUCGAUGAGAAAUACUUUCAGACCAGGUGCCUGCAAUGAGUUUAGCUCAUGCUUUUGGCUUUUACUUUUACUUUACUAUCAUUUUGUACAGCACACAAAUAGGCAACAAUGCUGGCCAAAGUAAAUGCAAAAUUAUAGUUU